CUGUCAAAAGUGAGGUUAACCAACUGUCAGUUGCCACAGUCACUCCUAAAAAUGUUUUCUCUCGCAAACCCCCGCAGCUGCCCAGUCUGACCCGAAAACCGCCCCACCCGCCCCAAAAUAUGUGAAUGCACCCCCAAGAUGUCGCAAAGCACAACCAGCGGAACCUCCUCGCGGCGUCACCACGGCCGAGAUCACGACACAGCCUCCAUCACAUCCUCCAGAAUCGCGGACAUCACCGAGUGGGAAGCAAAUGAGGCCCUGCGGCAGCGCGAGCUGGAGGAGGCCCGGGGGCGGGCCGCCCAGAUGGAGAAGACGAUGAGGUGGUGGUCGGACUGCACGGCCAACUGGCGGGAGAAGUGGAGCAAGGUCCGGAACGAGAGGAACAAGGCCCGGGAGGAGUGCAAGCAGCUGCGGACCAAGCUGGACUCGACGGCCAAAGACAGCGCCACGUACAAGCGCGAGAAGGAGGAGCUGGAGGUGCAGAACGACCAGUUGAAGAAGGAGAUCGAGAAGAUUCAUCUGCUGCUGCUGAAGCAUGCCGGGCAGUUUGAUAGUCAGAUUUUUGAGGCGCUGGGGGAGGACCCCCUCAAGGAUUUCGCUUUCAGUCAGAGCAAUGGAUCUCCGGCGCGAGACCGCGAAAACGGAGCCCCCCACCAACUCGAAUGCGAAACCGCCCUCCAAGAAGGCUGCAUCGAGGACUACAUCCUCCAGGGGGCCGUCCCUAGGUACGUCACAGAACUAAAAGACUCCCUGGAGGAAAAAACGGACAGUGAACUGUUAAACGGGGUGCAAAAAAGUGAGAAAAGUAGCACUCAUCGGGACGAUUUCGAUGAGGACUACGUCAUCCAGAAGCUAUCAAUGCUUCAACUCAGGCUGGAGGAGGCGACGAAGACGCUCCAGGUCGAGAGAGAAGAAAAGAGUCAGUUGCAUAGGGUUAUUGAUAAGUUAACAGUUGAGUUGCAAGAAGUCAAGGACAAGUGCGAUGAGUUGAGGGAGGCGCGGCAGGAGGCGGCGCGGGACUUGCUGUCGUUGCAGGAUCAGCACCAGGAAGAAAUCCGGUUGAUCCGGGCGGACUUGCAGGACGAGGCGAACUCGAGGGAGGGAAUGGAUAAAAGACUCAACGAUCUCAGAGCCGAGCUUGAACGGCUGCAAGCCGAAAACGCCGCUGAAUGGGGCAAACGCGAGCGCCUAGAAACCGAAAAACUGGCCCUAGAAAGGGACAACAAGAAGCUGCGAUCUGAGCUCAGGGACAUGCAAGAGCGAAUGGAGCGAAAAGGGCGCCCUCUGUCGAAUUCGGACGCGGAAGUGCGCCACCUGCAGCAAGAACUCUCAGACAAAAAUAAAGAAAUCUCAGAACUGCGGCACUCCCAAAACAAACUAAAAAAAAUGGUCCAAGACAAAAUCACCGAGCUCGCACACGCCGUUCGCCGCGCCGAACAAUACGAAUCCGAAGUGAAGAAGCUGAGGAGUCGGGUCGAGGAACUCAAGCGCGACCUGGCGGUGGCGGAGGACGAGCUGGACACUGCGUCCAAUACCAUAAGGAAGCUCCAGAGAAGCAACGACGAAUUGCAGGAGCAAGUGGACAACUUCCAGGUGCAGCUGCAGCACCUUCACACAAGGUUACGUAAUUGCAGUUCUUCGAGUUUGCUCUCCCACCGGGGGACUCUUCUCACAGGAGAAGCCAGCGACGACGACGUAACCGAAUAUUAGUUUCCCUUCCAUUACAAUACGUCAACUAAUAAAACUAGGUUUUAAUUUAAUCCACCACCACACUAACGCGAAACGUACUUAAGUAGAUCUGGUUAUUUCCCAACUUGUGUUCAUCGCUUUUUAAUUUAUUGCUUCUCAAGCGUGCGCGAGAUAAUUCGAUUGCGAACGAUCUCGCUCACCCAUGUACAUACUUUUGUAUACUAGUAGCCACUACCAGGUAGAAUAGACAUUAUUUUUAUAUGACCGGCACAAUUUUAAUGUGAUUUCAUCCUACAACAGUUCGGUUCUGAAAAUCGUGACGUCAGAGACACUAAAAAAGGCCUAGCGGAUCUAGGUUUGUCCUGUUUUCGACUGAUAUGUAAAGGGUAGACUGACUUUGUUUACACUAUUUUUCAAAAUGCAUGAUUGUUGAUGUGUACACGUAGUGUUGCGUACUUUCACGCUUUAUUCCCCAGCGUGGAAAGCGCCUGCCCCCAAUAAUCGUCUUCCACUCAUGAAAAUUCACUUUUCCAUUUUUUUUUUUUUUUUAUUUUUCAUUUUCGGAUUGUUGUGUGCAGCAGCUUCCACGCACCAUCACAACAGGGUGUCGACUGACGAUUUUUCGUGGGGAGUGAUGCGUGGCCGUACACUGCGUCUUGUGUUAUUUAAUAGUGACUAAGCUUUAAGACUAAGAUAGGGUUACCGUUUUCGUUUCAUCUUUCGCUGAUUUUGUCCGCGCAUCGAAAUUGCAAUAACACAAGACUCCACUGAUCAAUCACCCCUAGCAAUAAAUCGUAAGAGUAUUGUUCGAUUCACAACAGUGUUGCACUUAUUAGUGCCUUAAUAUUUCACUUAUGGUUUCGUGGUGUUUCGUUUGUGAUAAGUAAUGGUUGUUUUCGGUUGGUUGCAAGAGCACUAUUUUCGGGUUAUAAGGAGUACCUUUUUUGAGUAUUAAAAUGUACCUAGCUGUUUCGCUCAGGGCUAUGUAUCACGUGUAAUUCGUGCCAAUAAAAUAUUUAAGUAA